GUCAUCUGACCCGCCCCUCAGCCCAUUGCUCCAAUAAUUGUCCUUAUACAGCUUUCUGUAGCCAGUCAGUCAGUCCCGCCCCUUCCUGUACUAAAACAUGCAACGCAGCAUUUUCCCUCGUGAGACAUACGGAAGAACUGGAGAAGCGCUGACGCAUUCAGGUUUGGUUUGCCUUGCAGACUGCGUACUAUAGGCUGUGUUUGUCCCGCCCCCCCCUUUUCAACCAAUGAAUAUGUGUCUCGCCCCUCCUUGCACAGGUACGGGAAGCACAGUGUUCUAGUCCUGGAAAUGAAGGCUGGGAAGCAGGAGCAGCGUCACUUCCAGGUCAGUCCCUCCCACAAGGAGCCAAUGGGAAUGUGGGAGGAAGCGAGUGACACAGGGAUGAAGGGGAAGAAGAAGAAGAAGGAUAAAAAUGAGGAGGAGGAGGAGGAGCGGGGGAAGAAGGAGAGAAUGGUGAAUCUGACACUGGAGAUGAUCUAUCUGCUGACUGGAGAGACGUUGGAGAAUUUAAUAAAAGACACGGCCCGUAUUACAGAACAAAUGAAGGAGACACUACAGCAGCUCAGCUCAGAUGGUGAAAAUAACAGUAAGGUUGAUGUGCAAUCAAUGAUGCCUUGUAACGAUGAACCGAGAACGAAUGUCAGUUCUACAUCUGCUCCAAAAACUUGUGUUUCUUCUUCUACAAAUACAGAGAAUUAUCCAACAAAUGAUAUUAAAGAUGAAUCCGAUUCAUGGGAAGGGGGGAACCAAUCAGAUUGCAGCAUCGCUCCACAGAUACAGGGAACAGAGACAGCUGCUCCUAUCUUGGAAAGCAGCUCGGCAGCCGAUGCUCUGUCACAUGGUAUAAAGGAGGAGCUGGCUGAAUGGGAAGGAGCAGAACUUUCAGACUACAAUAUAACUAGAGUUGCAGAAGAGCAGGAAACGGAUGCACUAAGUCCCAUCAUGGGCUGCAACCCAAAUAACAACUUGUCAGAUGAUUUUAAGGAGGAGCCGAUUUCAUGGGAAGAGGGAAACCAUUCAGACAGUAGCAUGAAUCCUCUGAUACUGGCACAAGGUAUCGAUACCUCGGUCUCUCUCUCGGCAUGGUCAGAAAUUAAUGAAUAUGGCAUUAGCAUCAAUACUAAGCCCACAUUUACAUCUCCGCCAAGUACAGAUUCCAUGCAGGGGAUGUAUAACUGCUACAAACCUUUCCAGAGUAAGACCUCUCUUCAUGAGCAUCAGAGAAAGAGCCGUCGAAAGGAGGAUCCAUCUUCUCCUCCUGAUUGUGGAAAAUCUCUUGUACAUGAGCCAGAUCAUAAGAUCCCUCAAAACAAUCGCAGUGAAGAGAAACGUUUCACUUGUUCCGACUGCGGCAAGUCUUUCAAACAACGCUCCAAGCUGUAUAUACACUGCAGGACUCACACGGGGGAGAAACCAUACGCCUGCUCUGUGUGUGGGAAGCGUUUCAUACAGGUGCAAGAGCUUACUAUUCAUUAUCGAAUCCACACAGGAGAGAAACCGUUUUCUUGUUCCGAAUGUGGCAAAUGUUUUACGCAGUGCUCACACCUCAGUAUGCACCGCAAAGUCCACUCGGGAGACAAACCCUUUUCCUGCGCUGAAUGCGGCAAAUGUUUUAAGCAAAGGUCGGACCUUCACAAACACCACCGAAGUCACACCGGCGAGAAACCGUUUGCUUGCACCGAAUGCGAGAAGCGCUUUUUACAUCGCUCCGAUCUCACGGCUCACCAUCGGAUUCACACGGGAGAAAAACCGUUUCCUUGUUCCGAAUGCGGGAAGAGCUUUGCGUAUCGCUCGGCGCUAAAGAGACACGAGAGAGGUCACGCCGGAGUGAAACCGUUCGCUUGUUCCGAAUGUGGGAAAUUUUUUAGAUCUCUGUCCGACCUUCACAGACAUUACAGAUGUCACACCGGAGAGAAACCGUUUUCUUGUUCUGUUUGCGGGAAAUGUUUUAGACGAUGCUCAGCCCUCACUUCACAUCUCCGGAAACACACGGAGCAGGAGGCGCAUUCACCUAAUGCAAAUGUGUUCGACAAAGAUGCGUCCUGGACAUUACAAACGUCACUACCAAACAAGAAUUCUGACCAAAAGGUUUAAAGGGAAACUGUCAAGUUUUACUGUAAUUACUAGGGAUGCACCGAAUCCAGGAUUCGGCCAGGAUUCGGCCUUUUUCAGCAGGAUUCAGCCGAAUCCUUCUGCCCAGC